AUUUAGGACACAUUGACGUUUUAUUCGUCAGUACAAGUCCUUCCUCCCCGAGGUAGUUCUUAAGUCGUGUCCUGGAUCACCUGACGAAAGAGUCUUACGAUCUAACACCGUCGAACUUCAGAAGAAUUGACUGGACCACUCUAGAGCAGGAAUGGAGAUGCUAUUUGUCUGAAAGUAGAAUCUUGCUACUUCCUCGCGAUUUUAUUGAAGUUGUGACUGUGGCUGAUCUUGUCCCUUGGUCUCCUGCGACGAAAUAUUAAAUGCUUCGACUCUUUGUCUGUUCGUUGCACAGGAGUGUGUCGAUUUCCGUUUUCUCAGAGACGGAUGCGGUGCGGGCGCUUAUGAUUCUACACUGCCUUCGUUCGUAGAGCGAGGAGUGUUUUGGCUCAGUAAGUAUUCGGUUUGGAGGAUACACUUAAGUACUUGCAAGAAGACGAGCUUAGAUAGAGAAGAUACAACUCACUUACUUGCAAGAAGACGAGCUUGGAUAGAGAAGAUACUCUGAGCAGAAGACGAAAUUGCCAGUUCAGUGCGAGACCUUCUCUGAAACAUGGGACAUUAGAAGACUACGCAGAUCCGCGUGGUCUCCAGCAAUACGCUUCUACGCAGAAGUUGUUGCUGAGCAGAAUGGUAAACGAUCGCGAACAAUAUGUAAGCCGCGUAGGAACGAGAGGUGCGAAAGCGAAUGGUACGACACGGACACCAGGAUCAGCAGUUGUUAACACAGAAAAUCAGAGUAGAACCUUGUACCAGACACGGAAAUAGAGACAACGACAUACACGUGAUUUGUUUAGGAUGCCGCGGUCCAGCUUCAGAAGUGUGGACAGCCUGUGGGGCGAGAACCGCGACCAAAAGCUAUCAACAAGGUUGCCAGUGCAUUGCUGGUGGAUGUAGCGCCCUUUAUGUUGUUGUUUGUUGUUGUGUGUGCUCCGGAGACUCGAUAAUGUUAGAGCUAUCCUGCUGCUGUACAAGAAAAAGACACUUCUUCACAUACUUAUCAUGUGCUAUAAGCGCUAUAUGCUAUGUGAUAACUUAUGUGGAGGUAACCCAUUGGAGAUUGUUUAUAUGGGAUCUCAAUCCGUCGCAAUCUAAUCCUAGGGAGUCCACAAGCCACUUAUUAUAGACGGCUUUUCAGGAGAGACUUGCAGUUGCGACAUUUCCGAAUAUAACAUUCCACAUACGUGAUGCUUUCGAUGCAACACGUCUGACAGAAAAUUUUGACGAAUGGCUCGACCCUACCAAGAGAUUGAAUGUGAUUUUCAUUUAUCGUUGUGCCUGGGACGCCGGUCAAGACCGAAGCCGCAAUUGGUUUCAAAAAAUGCUCAGAUCUGGAAUGGAAGUGGAGAUAUAUUUUGUCUCUGAUGCAGCGCAGACACUGCGGACGCAUUUCAAAUUGCUUCAUCAGAG